AUGAAAGUGGCGCCGGUGUACCGAAGGGUACUGAAGCAGCUGCACGUGGCGUGCCAGAUCCGCCCGCACUACGUGCAAGACAUUCGUUUUCUUCUCUCUUUCCCUCUUCACACAACAGGCAAUGGCCUGAGCGCAGUGGCACCAAGCCCACUGUCAUCUUCACGAAUGCUGAAGUCGACUUCGACUGUGGGCCCAAUCCAAGCCGGUGCGUCGAAAUCGUCAAGGUCACCUCCGUGCCAAACGGCGAGCCGAGAUCUCGUCGACGAGCACCUCCAGCGCCCGAGCUCCGAAUGUUACCCCAUUGACACCACCACACUCUUUGCGAUGUGUUAUGCCGACUUGCACAACGCGGUGCACGAAGCAGCACCAGCGGCAGGGGACAUGAACCCGGUAGCCAUGCAGAUUGUGCGGUACCGCAACCUUCUGUGGCUUCAGGAGCGGCUUGUGCGCGUCCUUAGCCGCAAGACUCGGCAACUGCUGGCCACCUCACUGAGCAUCUCGAGAGGGCCAACAGAACAUGACUUCAUUCCAGACAACAUUUUUGAGAAGAACGCGUCCCCUAGCAGCAGCGGCGGCGGCGGCACCACCUCCUCCACGACGCCAGUAGCUCAGCUGACAGCGCCAGGUGCCAUUGCAGGGAGUGACCGCCCUUCAAAGGCAGCCACCACAACCGCAGUGUUGGCACACUCUUCCGCAGAGAAAACGCCUGGAGAUGCCGCCGAGUCUUUCGCACCUGCCACUGCUGACGGCGGUUUGGCGGAGGCAGUGGAGGAGAACGACCCAGAUAUUGUUUACUCCGCCGGCGCAAUCGGCCAGCAGCAAGAAGUGUUUGUCCUGCGCCACCGUGAGGCCUUCCCGAUGGCAGCACAGUUUUUGGCUGGUUUUCCCACAGUCACAGUCGCCGAACUGGCUGCGUGCGCGCAUCAGCGAGCGGCGCUGAUGCAACUCGUGCGGGAGAGGUUCCCGAAAACGCUGACUUGUCAGGACUCGAAUGUGAAGCUCUCCGUCUCUUUAGAACCGUACGACGUGGAGUAUACGAGCAAGGAGCACGCUGGCAUGGGAUACUUUGCCGCUGCCCACCGUCAGUUUCGCGUCCGGUUCUCGCUUGAGCCUCUGUCGCCCGACGGGACAGGUGCGGAGCGAGCUGAGGUGCUCGUGGUGAAUUCAUACUUUGUGCGUCUGGACAUGGAGCUGAUGCAGCUGGUCGAAGAGGUGGGCUACCUGCACAGCAGCGACGUCCUGCGCAUGCUGCGCGAGCGCGACUACAGUGAUCACUUUAGCGACUUCAUUGGCAGCGGUGUUGCCGAGGUGCUCGGUGAGGGAGUCCUUGCAGAGCCCAGCGUAGGAAAACGUGCAGCAACAACGACGUCGUCCGACAAGAGGACAAAGAGCCACUCUUCGACGACAACCCACGCACCGGCGACCGUCGCGGCCGGCUCUCGAGUGUUCUCGCUCUACUUUGUGAACCACAGUGACGCACCAAUGGUUCUGAAGGGGUUGCUCUACUACAAGCUCGGCAAGCUUCGCCACUUGGCACACGCUCCCAUCCAAUGCAUUCCGUUCGGUUUUCUGCUGAUGGAGGCGUGA